CUCGUGUCAGUGCACAGUCUGUGUGUGGUACAGCAAGCGUUGGAAAAACUGGGUAAAUCGAAUGCAAGCAAUUGCUACGUUACAACAUCCAACUUUUCUACGAUUUAACCUCUUUUAACUUACAAAAUUGUAUUUGGAUUUACUAGAAGACUCGUCAGUAAUUGCAUUUUAUCCAAGAAAGGCUUUCUUGGAAGUUUUAUGCGGUCAACAACUCGUUGUAAUCGACGGCUCUCCGACGUCGGAUCUGAAAAGCAUUGUCGAGGCAGGUCGUGCGGCGCCACGAGAUCACCGAAGUUCCAAGGCUCGGCUGGGACAAGGAUUCCAUGUAUCCAGCGAUUACUUUUGGAUCAUUUUUUCAUUCUCAUAAGGAAGGUUACCAGCCGAGGAUUGUGAAAAUUCGUUCAACAGACGGAUUAUUGCCGUCGUAGGGGAGGGGAAUCAAUCGAGACAAAGGAAAGGGGCUUAAAAUCAACAAUAAAGAUCGAGAGAUCGGAGGGUGGAAGUGUGUUCGCCGCCGCGGAGGAUUGGCAUUGUCCGACCGCUUGUGCGCACAGGGAGGGGUGGCGGACUAUCGCACAUCUACUCGGAUUACUGAAGUAUCCCCCGAUUUCCCUCAAAAAAGGAUACGUUCAAGAUGUAUCCACAGGGCCGGCAUCCGGCACCACACCAACCAGGGCAGCCUGGCUUCAAGUUCACCGUGGCCGAGUCCUGCGACAGGAUCAAAGACGAGUUUCAGUUCCUGCAGGCCCAGUACCACAGUCUCAAAGUGGAGUACGACAAACUGGCCAAUGAGAAGACAGAGAUGCAGCGUCACUAUGUCAUGUACUAUGAGAUGUCCUAUGGGCUGAACAUUGAGAUGCACAAACAGACUGAGAUUGCUAAACGGCUCAACGCAAUUCUCGCACAGAUCAUGCCUUUCCUGUCACAAGAGCACCAGCAGCAGGUUGCUCAGGCUGUUGAGCGUGCCAAGCAGGUCACGAUGACUGAGCUCAAUGCCAUCAUCGGGGUACGUGGACUUCCCAAUCUGCCUCUCACCCAACAGCAACAUGCUGUCUACCCAGCCUUCAUGCAACAGCAGCUCCAGGCUCAGCACCUGUCCCACGCUGCCCACGGUGGGCCACCCAUCCAGAUGCCCCCGCACCCCUCGGGCCUACAGCCCCCCGGCAUACCCCCCAUCCCUGGCGUGGCAGGCUCCGGUCUGCUGGCGCUGGGCGCUCUGGGCAGCCAGGCCCACCUGCCCUCCGUCAAGGACGAGAAGAACAACCACGACCUGGAGCACAGAGGCCUGUCAUCCUUUCACUCCCCCCUGGCGAUCCCUCUGGUAAAAGAACGAGAGUCGAGCACGAAUAACUCUGUGUCUCCGUCGGACAGCCUGCGUGCAGCCAGCGAUAAACACCGCAGUUCCUCUGAUUAUAGCAUGGACUCCAAGAAACGCAAGGUGGAGGAGAAGGACGCUAUGAGCAGAUACGAUAGCGAUGGAGACAAAAGUGACGACCUGGUCGUGGAUGUGUCCAAUGAGGACCCAGCCACUCCCAGGGCUAGCCCCGCCCAUUCUCCUCCAGAAAACGGUCUGGACAAAUCACGGGCCCUAAAGAAGGACGCCCCCAACAGCCCCGCCUCCGUGGCCUCCUCCGGCAGCACGCCCUCCUCCAAAGCCAAGGACCACGCCCACAAUGAUAAAUCAUCCACGCCGGGCCUGAAGUCUAACACCCCCACACCUCGUAACGAUGCCCCCACACCAGGCACCAGCACCACCCCUGGUCUACGGCCCAUCAUGGGCAAGCCCUCGGGCAUGGAGGCACUGGCUGCUCCAGCCCUGCGUACCCCUUUGUCCAUAGCUGGCUCCUACGCCACGCCCUUCGCCAUGAUGGGCCACCAUGAGAUGAACGGCUCCCUGACCAGCCCCGGGGUCUACGCCGGCCUCCACAUCUCCCCCCAGAUGAGCGUGGCCGCUGCUGCGUACGGACGCUCGCCCAUGGCGGGGUUUGACCCUCACUCCCACAUGAGACCAGGCCUGCAAGCCAGUCUCACAUCCAUCUCUGGAGGGAAACCUGCCUACUCCUUUCAUGUGAGCGCCGACGGCCAGAUGCAGCCGGUGCCCUUUCCCCCGGACGCUCUCAUAGGCCCGGGCAUCCCACGCCACGCUCGCCAGAUCAACACGCUGAGCCACGGCGAGGUGGUGUGUGCCGUCACCAUCAGCAACCCCACGCGCCACGUCUACACCGGUGGCAAGGGCUGCGUUAAGAUCUGGGACAUCAGCCAGCCGGGCAGCAAGAGUCCCGUGUCCCAACUGGACUGCCUGAACAGGGACAACUACAUCCGCUCCUGUAAGCUCCUCCCAGAUGGCCGCACCCUGAUUGUGGGCGGUGAGGCCAGCACGCUGACCAUCUGGGACCUGGCCUCUCCGACGCCACGUAUCAAGGCGGAGCUCACCUCCUCGGCCCCCGCCUGCUACGCACUGGCCAUCUCCCCCGACGCCAAAGUCUGCUUCUCCUGCUGCAGUGAUGGGAACAUCGCCGUCUGGGACCUGCACAACCAGACCCUGGUCAGGCAGUUCCAGGGCCACACGGACGGCGCCAGCUGUAUCGACAUCUCCCACGACGGGACCAAGCUGUGGACCGGAGGUCUGGACAACACCGUCCGCUCAUGGGACCUGAGGGAGGGACGCCAGCUCCAGCAGCAUGACUUCACCUCCCAGAUCUUCUCUCUAGGCUACUGCCCCACAGGGGAGUGGCUGGCAGUGGGCAUGGAGAGCAGCAACGUGGAGGUUCUCCAUCACACCAAGCCGGACAAGUACCAGCUCCACCUGCAUGAGAGCUGCGUCCUCUCGCUGAAGUUCGCCUACUGUGGUAAAUGGUUUGUGAGCACGGGGAAGGACAACCUCUUGAAUGCCUGGAGGACUCCAUACGGUGCCAGUAUAUUCCAG